UGUUGAGCCGGGGCUCCUCUGUCUCCAUGACGCCCGGCAAACAUUCCCGAGCCUCAGCCGGAACCGCUAACGCCGGGGGCUGGGGUACCGGUACUCCAGAAGCAGCUAGGGAAGGGGGUGGCCGACCACUCCACAGCCUGUCGCCACCAUGCCCGUCUCUCCAGUAAACAGCCGCAAGCAGCAGAACCUCUGGUUGAGCGUUGGCCCACAGCCAAAGAAAUCUAUUAGCUUUACUAACACAGGAAAAGGAGGGCAAACAAAAGGAUAUCUUGGUGCAAACCAAAGCAGAAUGGCAAUGUCAAAAACCUUGAUGGUUCUACCUGAGAUAAAAACAGAAAAAAUGAAUAUACCUACUGUAAAGACACCCAUACAGGUAAUUAAUGCACUUGGAGUUGAUGUUACUCCCCGACCUCUUUACCAACAAGACCCAAAUAUGGGAACAGCAAAGCCAAAUAAACUAUUUACAUCACAAGAAGGAUCAUAUGGAUCAGAAUAUAUAUCCUCCUAUAGCCUGUAUCAGAAUACAAUAAAUCCUAGUAUGUUAGGGCAGUUUACAAGGUCAGUUUUAGGAAGUAGCACAGUUUCUAAAUCAAGUGUAUCUACUACUGACUCAAUAGCAGAAGACCUCGAAGAACCAUCCUACAGACGGGAAAAACUGACUAGUUUUACAGAUUUACGAGUUGUGAGGGCAACACCUGAAAAAAUUGUAACAAAAGAAGACCUACAGAAGACUAUAGAGAUAAUACUCACAGAGACAGAAACACUGAGGUUUUUUAACCUACCAACAGUCAUGGUUUCUGUGGAAUCUGAAGAAGCUGCGAAGGUCACUCGGAGAAACAGGACUUAUGAGACCCUUUGUAAAAAUAGAUUAGGCAAUGACUUAUAUGUUGAAAGGAUGAUGCAGACUAUUAAUGGAGCUCCAAAGAAUAAAGAGGUUCAAUGUGACAAAAUCGUAAAGGAAGACAAAGGUAUAAUGUCCAGUACUUGGGAUUUAUAUGAUUCUUAUAAUGCUAUGGAACUUUCAUCUUUACCAACAAAACAAUCUAUGCUUGAAUCAAAUACUAAAGCAAGUAUAGUUUCUAAAGAUCAUGAGCCAAGAAUACCAGGGAGUACUAUAGAAAAAAACAGUGAAGCUAGUUCUUUAAUGGAUAUAGAAAAUGUACUUCUGACUAAAAUCCAUGAUGAUGAAGAGGAUCGCUCAGAGUCAAUAAUGAAAUCUGACAAGUUUCGUCAGGAUUUAUUUUUUAUGGAACGAGUUCUAAUGGAAAAUUUAUUUCAGCCCAAACUUGCAGCUUAUCGUCAGCUUCCUGUUUUAAAAGAACCAGAACCUGAAGAACCUGAAGACUUUCUAGAAGGUGAAAAACUUGAACAAGAGACAGAGGAAGAGGUUAAGAAGGAAGAGGAAGAAGAAAUAGAAAUAAGUACAGAACAGUCAACAAUACCAGCCAAUUUGGAACGACUUUGGUCCUUUUCCUGUGACUUAACCAAAGGUCUUAAUGUGAGCAGCCUUGCCUGGAAUAAAACAAAUCCUGACCUUUUGGCUGUUGGCUAUGGGCACUUUGGAUUUAAAGAGCAAAAAAGAGGAUUGGCUUGCUGCUGGUCAAUAAAGAAUCCUAUGUGGCCAGAACGCAUUUAUCAGAGUCCAUAUGGAGUUACUGCUGUGGAUUUCUCAAUUGGAGCACCUAAUCUCCUAGCAGUUGGCUAUCACAAUGGCAACAUUGCCAUUUAUAAUGUACAGAGCAACAGUAAUGUUCCAGUUCUGGAUAGUAGUGAAUCACCUCAAAAACAUUUGGGACCUGUAUGGCAACUACAGUGGAUAGAACAAGAUCGAGGCACAACAGGUGACGACAAAAGAGAAAUACUCGUUUCUAUAUCAGCAGAUGGAAGAAUCUCGAAAUGGGUGAUACGGAAAGGACUAGACUGUCAUGAUUUGAUGCGUUUGAGGCGAACUACUACUAGCAACAGCAAAAGGGGAGGGGAAAAGGAAAAAAAAGGUGAAGCUCUGAUAUCUCGACAGGCUCCCGGAAUGUGUUUUGCUUUUCAUCCUAAGGAUACAAAUAUCUAUUUGGCUGGCACUGAAGAAGGUCAUAUUCACAAAUGUUCCUGUUCGUAUAAUGAGCAAUACCUAGAUACCUACAGAGGACAUAAGGGCCCAGUGUAUAAAAUAGCAUGGAACCCAUUUUGUCAUGAUGUGUUCUUAAGCUGUUCUGCAGAUUGGGGUGUUAUUAUAUGGCAACAGGAGAGCACCACACCCUUUUUGAGCUUUUAUCCAACCACUUAUGUUGUUUACGAUGUUGCCUGGUCUCCAAAAUCCUCCUAUAUAUUUGCAGCUGCAAAUGAGAGUAGAGUGGAGAUUUGGGACCUUCACGUCAGCACUUUGGAUCCUCUCAUUGUGAAUGUUGCUAACCCUGGAAUCAAGUUCACAACUGUUCUCUUUGCCAAACAAACAGAUUGCCUUCUAGUGGGCGACAGUGAUGGACAGGUUGCUGUGUAUGAACUAAGAAAUAUGCCCACUACUUUGGAUUCUGGCCGGGGAGAUAUAAUAAAUACUUUGCUUGGACCCAAGCCAAACAGAUAAGGAUAAUUCAUCAUUACUAAUAUUUUCUCUUGUUGCCAUUUAAAGAAAAAGAAACAGUGUUUCAUGUCCCAUUAUCCAAUUUGUAUGCAGUAAACUGGGAUUUUGAUGUUAGAAAAUGAUAUUUUAUGUCUAACCUCUAUUACAACUUAACAUAAAUUUAAUAAACUUUUAUUUCAGA